AUGAAGCCAAAAGCCACUACUAAAUCAAGAGCCACUGCUAAAUCGAUAGCCUCUAUUAAGGCAAAGGCAAUCAUCACCAAGACAAACGCUGCCACCAAGACAAAAGCUACCACCAAGACAAAAACUACUGCGAAAACAAAAGCCGUGAUCUAUGAUAGUGAUGGUGAAGUAGAUGAUGCAAUGGAAGAAGAGAUGGUGUCCCCUGGCGGUGAAGAACCUCUUUACACCCCAAUGGAGUCGUUUAACAUAUCCCGAAAAAGAAAGCUGUCUGUUGGCCAUUUCCGAAAUGGCGAUGCCUUUAUUGAUAUCAGAGAAUCGUAUCCGUGCAAGACGUCCAAGCGAUUUCGUCGAGGGAGAGGUAAUGAAAACGACAUGGCAUCUGUCCUGGAGAUUGAUAGUUUCCCAUAG